AAACGUCUUUUCUGAGCUCGUUGUCUGUGGAGAAGCUGAACAGGAACAAUAACAGCAGCAGCAGACACCGGCCAACACAAAGAGCUCUGACUGGGUUUUUCUGUGACAGUAACGAUGGAGGAGUACAACUCUGGAGACGAGGUCGCCUUUAACGCAGAUGAGGCCAGUAUCUCAGUUAAAGAGUGUAUCGAAGGUGUGAUCGGUGGAACAGACUAUAACCAGAGUAAAGUGAACCAGUGGACAGCCAGCAUAGUGGAGCAUUCACUGACCCACCUGGUGAAACAAGGACGGCCGUUCAAAUACAUCGUGAACUGUGCGAUCAUGCAGAAGAGCGGCGCUGGACUGCACACAGCCAACUCCUGCUACUGGGACACUGCCACUGACGGAAGCUGCACCGUCAGGUGGGAGAAUCGCACCAUGUACUGUGUGGUCAGUGUGUUUGCUGUGGCCGUGGCACUGUGACGGCAGCACAGAGCUGCACACAGCUCCGCCUCCAAACGCCGUCACGUCUGAAGCCGUGCUUGAAACGACACCCUGACCAAGAAGCCAUGAAGAGCCUCUGAUGUGACCCUCUGGUAGAAGCUGAUGUACAAGUAUCCCAUUUCUCCCCGCAGGCUGAAAGAACAGUUGUGGUUUGUGAGUCGACAGCGAAUGUGUCGGUGUGACUGACAAAAUGUUGCUUUGUAUGGACCAAAGUCUUGGUCAUGGAGAGGAAACCUGAAGGACUUUUCAACAUGUUGUUUGUUCCAGAAGUUCCAGAUGUUGGAAAGUGAACACUGAAUAUUUAUAAAUCUUCCUAAAUGACUGUAAAGUUUCCAAUAUGGACAAACAGACUCAGUUUGAGCCAUAUUAGCUGUGAUGGUAGUAUCAGUUGGUUGGUCCGCCGGGAUGUUCGUAUCUGUCAUUUUGAGUGAAGUAUCUAAAAUGUAUUCCUCAUCCCUAAUUGUACACAGUUGUAACUGAGUUUAUAACCUCUCAGGUCGUGCCAUCAUCAGGUCGAAAUUGUAACUCGUCUAAUAUUGUGAUUGAUGACCAAAUACCUGCAAAACUAAUGACCUUCCCAUCAGCGUCUGCGGUACUUGGCGUGAAAAAUAUCAGCAUGUUAGCACAAUAAUCUUAGCAUUUAUCUCAAGUCUCUCAGUGCCGCUAGCCUCGCUGCAGCUUUGCCUCCUUCAGGACAUUCCCAAACUAAACAGACUGAACUGUUGCUGUAGUGAGAAGUGUCGUAUUUAAGAAACGUCUUUUUGUUGUGUCGUUUAUUUAAGUUGACACAGUCACAUGUCUACUCGUCUAAAGUGUUUCUGCCAGUCUGUGUUGAUCUGUUAUUAAUUUAUUUGUCUGUGGAGAAAUGUCCGUUUAUUUCUUCAUCUGUAAAAAAUCCUUGAAUUUGUUAAACUGUUUAUAGCUGUUCAAUAAAUUAAUUUGUUAAAACCUUU